AUGGGACGAAUCUACCAUGCACUUAACGGCGUAACGCUUUUACUCACACAUGUUCUCGGGCAAAUGGCCGUACGAGAGUUCUUUUUUGCGACUCUUCGAGAACUGUACGCUUAUCGAAAUAUGGAUAAUACCAUGCAACAAGAACAGGUGAACACCUCGACGGCUGCUUCAUCCACUGGAAGCACUGAGCAGCUAUCGUCGUAUUCCACAUCGGGGAAGACUUUCACCGCAUUGGUCCCUGUUUCUGAGGAUUUCACUGUACCACAGCUCUACGCUCCUUCUUCUGUUCCCGCUGUAAAAUCUCCGCCGCUUGCCGUCUGCGAGGGGAUGGACACCAGCACGGAACCGUCAUUCGCUACCAGCUAUUUGGUUCUGCCACAGCAGCUGCCUACUGGCUUGCCGAAGACAUCUUCGCAAGUCUCGUCGUCUGCCGAAACUAUUCUGGAUUCAAAUGAUGAUGUGAUCCACACGGAACCUAAAGAUUCGCCAAUGGAGUUUGUAGAAGUCGUUCAGAAGUCGGAAACUCCUGCUACUGACGCUUCUCUAGAAACCAUUCAGAAGUCCGAAACUUCUGCUACUGACGCUUCUCUGGAAACCAUUCAGAAGGUGGACACUCCUUCUACUAAUAGUCUUCUGGAAGUCAUUGUACAGUCGGACACUCCGGCUACUAAUGGUCCUCUGGAAGCCAUUGUAAAAUCGGACACUACGGCUACUGAUGGUUCUCUGGAAACCGUUGUGAAGCCGGACACUCCUGCUGCUGAUGGUUCUCCGAAAGCUAUCCUGAAUUCGGAGACUCCGGCUACUGAUAUUUCCAUGGAACCUGUUCUGAAGUCGGACACUCCCGCUACUGAUGUUUCUCUUGAUGUCGUCCUGAAGUCGGACACUCCUACAACUCACGUUCCUCUUGGACCCAUCCCGUCAAGAAAACUCUUCUCGGCCAUUAACCUUCCCUCAAAAAAAGGAACUCACAUUCUCAUCUAUAACAUCGCCAACUCUGAUAACUGUUACGUUUUUCAAACUUACGAAGUUGGAAAGGAAGUACGAAACUACAGAUGUGUCGGAAAGUACUCAAGUGGCACCAAAUGCACGGCCACAGUGAUGGGUAGUGAAAAUCACUUCUACUCGGAUCCGACCAAACUCGAUCACAAAUGCAUUCCAAGAUCGCUUCUUCAGGAGAUUUCUAUGCGCACCAAAAGAACUGUGUAUAACCCUUCUUGGGAUAUUCAUGAGAAGAGAAGAUCGGCACUCCGUGCACGUGAAAACCUCGUCAAGGAUGAAUCACCUUCGAACAAGGGAGGAUGCUCUGGAGCUCAGAGCAAAUCUGCUACCCGUACUCCGAUGGAGAAGCCCAAGUAG